CGACUAAUUAUAUUUGAUUGCUGUUUGCAUAGUCUCAAAACUCUUUAUACAAUUUCAAAUUUUAACGUCUUAGCUUGUUCAAUUUUCCCCAUGCCCUCCCCUCUUCCCAGCACAGCUGAUUCUGUAGCACACUCCAGUCUUGUUUCACAAUGUAAGCAUAUUACAUAUUUGGGAAUAUCAACAUUUGCACAGUUUGCUAUUGUCGGCCUAUUAGCUCAGCUUAUUCAAUAGAAUUUACGCAAGUGCGGGCGCUGCUGACGCUGAAAUCUAUAUCAAUUUGAAUGAUAAGCUGAUAAGCGGCAGUCGCGACUCGGCGGGCAGAGAGUUCGAACAUUGUGUUUUGCCCAUAUUGAAGCAAUUAAUACAUAGAGUAAUUAUGGAGAGCCGAAGCAGAAGACAACAACAAGUCUGAGUGGAGGAUGUCAUUGGACAGAGCGAGCGAUAAGGGAGCGACUGUGAGAGCGUGAAAGUGUGUGUGAGACAGAGACAGAGAGACGGAGAGAGAAAGUGAUAAAAGCACCUGCAAGCUGAUAAGACAUUUGAAGGUAGACAGCGCGUUAAUAUUUAACUAGGCCGCGACUCAUUUGAGUUUCACACCUUGCGCGUUGCACAGACCGUACGAAAAUUUACGCGCGUGCGUGUGUUUGUGUGUGCCACAUGCGACCGUUAUGUUAACAAAAACUACGCUUAUCAGCCUAUUGCUGGUGGUGCUGCUGCAGCGCGGCGAUGGCGCCACAACUACCUGGGGGCAUGUCAACAAAUAUGCCAGCACGCUGCAUGCACAAGAUGUUUACUUGGGGCACGUGAGCAGCACGGAUGCGAAUGCGGAUGCGGAUGCGGAUGCGGAUGCCACAGCUGUCCAUGUGGAUGUUCAGGAUGUUGCAUACGGCGCACAGAACUCGACCGCAGUCGAUGGCUAUACGAUAACGGCGGUGCAUGCCUACGACAUGACCUUGCCGGGGGGCAACGGCGGCCAGGUGCGUUUGCUCAGCGGCGGCGUGGGCCAACAGCAUGCCGUUGUGCGUUUCCAGCGCUACGAACAGGUGCCCAGGGCGCACUUCCAGCUGGUCAUCUACGGCCUCGCCUUGGGCUAGGCGUGCAGUGCAGUCAAUCGCCGAGGAAACUUAAUUAAGUUGCGAUUCAACUUUGAAUUCGAUGUUGGCAACUUCCUGCUCGACAGACGGCAAAGCUAACUAAGUUAUUAUAAUGUCAUAAUUAAGAGCAUGAGAGUUGCGCUUAUUAGCAUGAAAAAUGUGAAAAUUCCAUUAUAAGUUAACACACACACACAUACACACACACACACACAGACACACACUCUCACACACCUACCCACACACUUCACAGAGUUUCAGUUUUUGAGCAGCUUCGGAAUUUAAUAUUGGGCGACAUCUGAGCAGGCGCUGCGAAUGUUGCUGCUGUUGCAGCUACUCGUAAUGAGAUGCAAAUGCACACUUAACCACCCACUUAUACACACAUACACCCACACACCCACACACCCACACACCCACACACCCACACACUCCCACACACACACACACACACAUAUGCACAGCAAACCGCUUAGCGGUUUGGUUUUGCCAGCAUAAGUCGCUUUAAGCGCUUGAUAAAUGCAAUUUAACGCCGCCACGCCCACUUUUUUUUUGGGUGGCGGGUGUACGCCCACUUAAAGUACAAUAUGACACAUAAGAGGCUUUAGGCCGAAGAAGUAAUUUAUGUGUAGUUGUUGCCAGCAAUCGCAUCAUUCAAUUUACGCAUUGCUUUUGCACCUGUUACAGCCUACCUGACGUUACCUGGCGCUCAAUAGGUGUUUUGUCUUAAUUGACAAUUGGCAUCUGCUAUUAGAGAUUCUAACCUGCAUUAUAUAUGAGGCAUGUGCACUAUUAAAUACUUGACAAAAACAAGCAAAGUUAAGUCGAAUGCAAAUGAAUUGAAUGAGUCAGACGUGGGAUAGAUUAAUUAUUGAUAUGAAUGGAAUGUAAAAUAAAAGCAACGUUUCAGAGUUAGUUGAUAUAAAAAACAGUCAACAACAGCAAGCAACUAGGCUUUAAGUAACGGAAAUGCCAGGCCUGUUAUUGGCUGACCCAUUAAGAGCUAUAGUAAAAGAAACUGUAAUAAAACUAAAACUAUCUGA